UGUCAGGUGGCAAAGCAUGUAUGUCGUUUAUUUGUAUAUCUUUCUUAUUUAAAUAUUAUUUAAAAUAUACGUAAAAUUUAUACAUCUUCUCCUAAAAUUUAAUUAUCUUAUGUUGAAAUGGGUAAGAAGAACAAAGAUUCUCUGGGACGGGCACUUAUAAAAGACAGAUUUUCAAAAAAUCGUCAUCGCCGACAUGUGGAAGACAACACAAUGCUGCAUACUACAGAAGUAAAUGAUGGAUAUGAAUGGGGUCGGUUAAACCUGCAGUCAGUGACAGCGGAGUCAUCACUACAAGAGUUUCUCUCCACUGCUGAGCUAGCACAAAGGGAAUUCAUUGCAGAGAAACUUAAUGUGAAAUAUGUUAAGUCAGCACCUGCUGCCGUCGAACUUGUCACUUCACAACCUAAUUUUGAUGAACCAUUGACAGUACCAAGAAGGCCUCCAUGGAACCCAAGUAUAACAGCUGAAGAACAGAUUGGCCGUGAAAGAGAUGCAUUUUUAGACUGGAGAAGGCAUCUCAAUGAACUGCAAGAGAAGCUUGGAGCUGCUGUCACUCCGUAUGAAAGGAAUUUGGAGUUGUGGAAACAGUUGUGGAGGACUUUAGAGAAAUCAGAUAUAGUUAUGAUACUUUUGGAUGCAAGAAACCCUUUGUUGUUCAGAUGUAUGGACUUGGAAAAGUAUGCAGCUGAACAAAAAUGUAAAUGUAUACUUUUACUGAACAAGGCUGAUCUGACAACAGAGUAUGUGAGGAAAUGUUGGGCAGAGUACUUUGGAAAAGAGGGUGUAUCAGUGAUAUUUUUCUCAGCUGCGAAAGCAUCGAAAGAAAGAAAAAUAUCCGAAGAAGAUGAACCGAAUAAAAAAAGACAAAGUAUAAGUGAAGAUAAUUCAGGCACGGAAACAGAAUCUGAUGAUGAUUCCGCUAUAAAUUCCGAAGUUGAUGAAGUAAAUCCUUUGAAAGAAACAGAAGAUGAUAUUGAAAUAUUUAAAAAGCAGUUAGGAAUAAUAGAUGAAGCGGUUACAAAUACAGCAUCGAAGUUAAAUAGAAUUCAAGAAACUUUAGACAAAGUAUUAGAAAAUUUGAAAUUAGGUAAACCUAUCGAAUUUCAAGAAGAAAAACAAACUGUAAACGCAAAUGAAACAAAUAGUAAUACAGAUGAAAUACAAAUGCAGAAUUCUCAUGAGAUAUUUGAUAGAGAAAAACUAUUGGAUGUUUUAAGGAGACUGAAAACAAGAAAUUUGAAAAAUCCUCCGAGAUUGACAGUUGGUAUGAUUGGUUACCCAAAUGUUGGAAAAUCAAGUUCCGUUAAUGUUUUGAUGCAAACUAAAAAGGUGAGCGUAAGUUCAAUGCCGGGUCACACGCGACACAUACAAUCCCUAAUGCUGGAGGAGGACAUAGAACUGCUGGACUGUCCCGGUCUAGUGUUGCCAGCUUACGCGGUCGCGCCAGACUUACUGUUGACAGCCGUCUUGCCCAUUGAUCAGAUGCGUUCUCACGACGCGGCGAUGGCUCGUCUGUGCGAGCUGGUGGGACGACACACCUUUGAGGAGAAGUAUGGUUUGCUGCUGCCCGACCAACAGGAGGGAGAGGGCAACGAGUACAAGAAGAUACUCACGGCACAUGCUUUCAACCGUGGCUUCAUGUCUGCGGCGGGUCAGCCUGACGUGAGCAGGUCUGCGCGGCUGUUCCUGAAGGAGGCUGCGAGCGGCCGCCUGCACUGGGAGCAGCUGCCCCCGGGGUACCAGCCAGCACCUCUCAACUACAGGAUACAAGAGAAGAGGAACGAGACUAGAAAACCCACGCCCCGGGAGACCAGGAUGGUUGAAGGUUGGCGGAACACAUCCGCGGAGAUUGAUAGUGCAUUUUUCGCUAUGAAAAAAAGUACGUCGCAUGUCAAAGGAAAACCUAUUUUAGGGAUAACAGGUGGUCAGUCUGCAGACAAGCCAGUUGUCGGCAAACCCUGGAAACAAGAGAAAAAACACGCUAAUAAGAACAAGAGAGAGAAACUAAGAAGAGUCUAUGCCCAUUUGGAUGAACAUUAAACUAUAACUGAAGAAGAAAUUUAAAUCAAAGAUGUAGCGAGAAAAAAAUUAGAUUUGUAUGAGAAGAAAAGAGAAGAUAAGAAAGAGAACUUUAUUUCAUCAGAGAAACGGUCACGACCUUUUUAAUAUUUCUUAAAUUCUCUGUCAAAUUAGUAUAAAUGUAGGUCUAUUUAAAAAUGUUGCUAUACUUUUUCUUCAUCAUAUUACUGUAAUACCUAACUUUCCUAUAUGCAUUUGUUUGUAAAUAUUUUUGGUAUA